AUGCCGCAUCCUUUGUUUUCUUGCUGCAAUUUCGUAAAAUGUUCCUUGAGUCUCCGUUGGAAAUCUAUUAGAUCCCUUGCCUAUACAACGUACUCCGACGUGUCAGAAUGGUCUCCGGAUACCAAUCAGUUAUGUCAUCGGAUUGAAAAACUCAGUAAGUUUAAGGUUAUUGAGACCCUGGACCAGAGGAAGAGAGAACGGAGCAGUGCGUUGGUAUUUGCCCGUCAAUUGAAAGAGUCUGGUUUUAAACAUGAUGUUGAAACUUACAUGGCAAUCAUUCGAUUAUUGUGUCACUCGGGUAUGUAUGUAAGGCUAAAUCAUUUGUUUAUGUAUGUCAUUGAUGAGAAUAUAAACAGGGAACCUGUUGGUUUUGAAAUCUGUGAUAUGUUAGAAGCAUUGAUAGAGGAGAAACUGAUAAAAGCUGUUGAUGUGUUGGUUAAGGUGUAUGCAAGUGUUGGAAGGUUCAAGGAGGCGAUGCACACCUUGUCAGAGAUGAAAAGUAGGGGUGGACUUUUGGUGUCAACAAGAACGUGUAAUUUUGUAAUGAACGAGUUGAUUGAAUGGGGGAAAGUAGAUAUGGUGGAGUCGGUUUACGGACUACUGAAGAAGAAUGGGCUGAUUCCUAAUGUGUAUACAUAUGGGAUUCUGAUGAAAGGAUAUUGUAGGAAGGGUCGUUUGAUAGAAGCUGGGAACUUGUUUGUAAAUAUACAAUCAGAGGCUGGCGUCGAACCUAAUGCUUUCUUCUAUGGUACGUAUAUUCAUAUGCUUUGCUCGAUAGGGCAAACGGAUUUAGCCUUUCAGCGCAUUAAUUUGUGGUAUCGUAAGAAAAGGGACACAGCUAAGGCAUUGGAUAUCCGUAAGGAAAUGGAAUCAAGAGGUAUUAAAACCGAUGAUGUGAUUGUGAGGUCCAUGAUGCAAAGGUUGUGUGGUUUGGGCAGGCGUGCUAAAGCUCUAUAUAAGUUCAAGGGGUUUAUGCACUCUGGGGUUUUCAUUGACGGAGUCACGUUUAAUAUGGCGAUUGAUGUUGCAUGUAAACUAGGGAGAAUGGAAGAUGCCAUGGGGUUGGUAGAAGAGAUGAAAUUUAGGAAAAUGAAGCCUUUGAAAAUGCACUAUAGGACUUUAAUAGAUGGAUACUGUCUCCGGGGGGAACCUUGGAAUGCAUUAUACAUCUUUCAGGACAUGAUGCGGAAUGGCUUGAGACCAGAUUCUACCACUUAUCAUGUGCUUGCUUGUGGCGGUGUUUUCCUUCCUCUCUCCAUGUUAUUCAAAUAG